CGUGCGCGCCCCCGCCAAGCCGUGAGUGUGGACGUCGGGAGCAGCCAUAGCAAUCCUGUGUGUGUAUGUGUGAGAGAGAGAGGGGGCAGAGCAUAUGUGAUUCUUGCAGGAGAGGCGCGGGUGAAACUCGGCGAGGGAGCGAGCUGAGGUGACUGACUGAAAUAACAACUACUCUCCACGUGACUACGCAGUACUCCUGAAUUUACUUUAAGAAUUUAACAUCGAGUUGAAGAGUGUUUUCAUUCCACAGAAGACUUGGGUUUAGAAUUAAAUGGCUGAUAAACAAAUCAGUUUGCACACCAAGCUGAUUAAUGGAGGCAUCGCAGGAUUAAUCGGCGUCACCUGUGUGUUCCCCAUAGACUUGGCAAAAACACGGCUUCAAAACCAGCGGAAUGGCCAGCGGAUCUACAGCAGCAUGUCCGACUGCCUUAUGAAGACAAUCCGAUCAGAUGGCUAUUUUGGAAUGUAUCGAGGAGCUGCUGUCAACCUUACCCUAGUUACACCUGAAAAGGCAAUCAAACUCGCUGCAAAUGAUUUAUUCCGUCAUAUGCUGUCCAAAGAUGGGAAGAAGCUGACUUUGCUGAAGGAGAUGCUGGCAGGCUGCGGUGCUGGGACCUGUCAGGUCAUUGUGACCACCCCCAUGGAAAUGCUGAAGAUCCAGUUGCAGGAUGCAGGUCGUCUUGCCGCCCAACAGAAGUUGAUGGCUGCCCAAGCAGUUUCGAGUUCCCCCUCAGGGAGCCCUAUUUCCACCACAAGCCAAGCUACCUCCGCUCUCAAGUCCCAGCAGACCGCCACACAGAUCACCAAAGAGCUGCUGAGAAGCAAAGGAAUUACUGGCCUCUACAAAGGCUUAGGGGCAACUUUGCUAAGGGAUGUUCCUUUCUCCAUCAUCUAUUUCCCAAUGUUUGCUAACCUAAACAAGAUGGGGCCGAGGAGUGCAGAAGGGAAAGCUCCAAUUUAUGUCUCCUUCGUCAGUGGCUGUAUAGCAGGCAGCACGGCAGCUGUGGCAGUGAAUCCCUGUGAUGUAAUAAAGACAAGACUCCAGUCUCUUCAAAGGGGCUUGAAUGAGGACACAUACUCAGGAGUAAUGGACUGCAUCAGGAAAAUCUGGAGAAAUGAAGGACCAGGAGCGUUCCUAAAGGGUGCAUACUGCAGAGCACUGGUUAUUGCCCCCCUAUUUGGCAUUGCACAAGUUGUUUACUUCCUGGGAAUAGCAGAGACCAUAAUUGAGAUGCUUCCGAACAGACGACAUUAAUGAAGGUGGAGCACUUCAACAGGACAUCCAACCUAGUUCCACAGGGUUACGUAUGUCACAUGAACAGCACAGUUUUUGGAGACUAAAGCCCGGAUCACCGUCCUCUUCCCCAUUCCUACCCACCCCAACCUCCCCCCACCCCCACCAUCAUCCCCAAAACAGAUUCCGCUUUUCCCAAUCAUUCCUAAAGACUGUCAGUAUUUUUUGUUUAUUUUUUUUUAAAAUGGUUAACACUUGCGUCUGGGGUGUGAGAGCGCCAGAUAUCAUCAUCAUUACUGUAGUUGUGUUCUCUUGAGUUGGUCAGUACUGACACAAUAGAUAUCGUUUCAAAGGGAUCAUCCUCAGAGGAAGCAAAAGGCCCGGUUUCCAAUUGUUCCCAUGUGGAAAACAACAAUGCAACAGCUUGAUUGAAUUUCCAGUAGCAAAACACUAACAGGGUCAUUGAUACUUGUUUUCAGUUUGGGCUUUUGUACCUAGGUGCUGAGUGACAUUUUUUUAACAAUGAAAUCUAGCUAGUCCAUCUUGAGUCUCUUGAACAUGGUGUUGUUGGGUUUUUGAAUGACAGGUAAUUUAGUCUUCUAACAUCUAGAUAAUUAUUUUGUAUUGCACAAAAUGGACAGUAUGCCACCAACUGCCCAUUAGAUAUCGUGUCUGGUUGGGGUUACAAUUGGCAUAUUGAAAUUCAAUGUAGGCUGGACAUUUUAUGAUUAGCUAACGCAAUAUCAUUUGUUUCAUUCCCUACUCUCAUAUAUUUCAACACAUCAUCCCUUACCAAAUAUCUGGGUAUCUUAUGUGUAAGAUGUAACUUGAGAUGAAGCAAAUAAAGAAGUAAAAUGUGAAGAGAUCAGGACCAAGCAGCUGCUGAUGGCUGUGGCUGGCAUUAGUUUGUAUGAACAUGUUGGACACCAAAGCUGAGAUGAGACAUAGAGUUAUACAGCAAGGAAACAGGCCCAUCGGCCCAACUUACUUCAGCCGACCAAGAUGCCCAUCUACACUAGUUCUACCUGCUCACGUUUGGCCCAUAUCCCUCUAAACAUCUCCUAUCCAUUUACAUAUACAUGUAAACCAGUGGACAUGGGGCAUGUUGGACAAGGCUGCUGAUACCUUAGUUGAGGCAGGAUGGGAGAAGUGAUUCAUUUGGCAUGAAUCUUCUAAACUAAACUAAGCUAAGCACAACAUCUUAAAUCCAAAUGAUUCCUGAACUACGCAGGUUAAUGGGUUUGGCAUUUUGUGGCAACAUUCCUCCCUUAACACCAGCUCUCAGGUGUCAGCUUUGGAAGGCUGGUUACUUCUCUUGUGUUUAGCAUCCAAACUAUUGGCAGUGUGAUACUCACUGCUGCAUUUGUGACUAAAGAGGACCAGUUUCACCAGGUCCCAUUUUAACUUGCUUACAUUAUUAGAACAAACUAGUGUCAUCCUUUGAAAUUCAAUAGGUUCCAUAGAGGAAACCUGGGAUAUCUGUCUGUAUUGAUGUGUUUUAAAGCUAAUAGACUUCAAUCCAGAAUAAUUAUCUUGGUUUGUGAACCUAUGUUGCUCCCACAACCUCCAAUUAGCAGCUAACAGUAGAUACCCUUGACUGACAUAAUUCAAAUUAUUUUGUCAAAUGCUAGACUAAUUUAGAAAGGUAAAAUGUUAUUUCCACAGUAUAAAUGAACAAGUUCCCAAAGGCCAACCUUUUGCAAUGCAUUUGGUGAAUUGUAAUUCAACAUGUACCAAAUCGGCAAAGCUUUGUUCUGAAGGUAUAUGGCUUCAUCUUAACUCUGUGACUGGAUUAUCGAUUGGCAACCCACUGCACAGAUAUCUGGUAUCUUCUCAGCACAAAAUUCUGUAGCUGUAAAUAAUUUAUUAGAGCUGAUAUGUUUAAUAUGCUGCCGUAGAAUGGAAUGAAAGAGCAAAAAAAAAGUGCUUCUCGAAUGCAGUUGAAAGGUAAAGCACGGGUACAACACACAAACAGGUUUAAUGUAGGAUUUUUUUUUCAGAGCAUUAUAAUAUUUUUGUAAAGGAAACAAUUUCUUCACGCCCCCACACACCAGUUAUUCACAACUACGUUUUUAAAAUCCCUGAUGUGAUCCCUUGGAAAUACUGGUUUGUCAACAUUUUUAUUUUUACAGUCUAGUACUUCUUGUAUCUAAUGUUGUCAGUACUGAUACUAAAGUGUUACUUGAAAUCUGCUUCACACGAUUGAAAAGGGUUAUUGUCCUAUUGGAGGUGCUGAAUAUUUGUUUGUGUUUUAAUUACCAAUAUAAUAGUAUGCUUAUAGGCUAUGUAGGGAAGUGCGCUAGAUUUGGUUGUCAGGAAGUAUUGAGAUAACAAGGGAAAGAGCAUUCAUGGAAUGAUUUAUCUCCAGUGAAAUUGCAUUUGGAAUUUGAGAUCUUAAAUAAUUCUCAUUAUUGUGCAAUAUAGAUAAAAAGUAAAUGUGCAGGAGACUAGGUGAUGUAGCCUUAGCUUGAUGCCCUAUACCUCGGGGAUGGAUGUUCAAAUCCAGUCUACAACAAUGGGUUAAAACCGCAGCUUUUUUAAUUUUCCUGGUCCUAAAUGAAAUGAGUUUGCCGUCUAACCAAAUUGCUGCUAAUCAGCACUAAAUUGCCAAUCUUACAAGAUACACUAUAGGAUGGCUGGUGUUUGGAUGUGAGGCAGCCAUACUGGUGCAAUAGACAGUCAUCAGGCUUCGUGGUGAAGCAGAGCAGAGUACUGAGUGCGUUUAAUUCUGACACUUCAUGUGUGGCACAAAAACAC